AUGGCUGCUGCAAUUAAAGAAACCGUUUCCAAUUUAAUUGGAAAAUUCUCUGGUGCUGAGGAAGCUCCCCGCGAGCCCUCCGCCGAGGAGCUCCAGCAACUACAGAAAAAGUACUCCGAUGCCGGUCAAGGCCAAGUCUUCGCCUUCAUCGAUGAGCUGCCUACCGUCGAGAAGUCCCGUCUUUUCCACCAGCUGUCCACCUUCAACCCCACCCGCAUCAACGAGCUGACCGAGGAGACCGCAGUGACGCUCGAGCCUUUGCCCGAGUCCGCGACCGCCUCCAUUCUCGACUCUGACCCCGCCGACCUGAAGAAGUGGUACGAUGCCGGUCUGAAGGAGGUGGCCGAUAACAAGGUGGCCGUGGUGUUGAUGGCUGGUGGCCAGGGAACCCGUCUCGGUAGCUCUGCCCCCAAGGGCUGCUUCGACAUCGGUCUGCUGAGCCAAAAGUCUCUCUUCCAGCUCCAGGCUGAGCGUAUCGCUAAGCUACAGGAGCUGGCCUCAAAGGCUCACGGUGUCACCGCCGCCACCAUCCCCUGGUAUGUCAUGACCAGCGGUCCUACCCGCGGUCCUACCGAGGAGUUCUUCGAGAAGAGCAACUACUUCGGUCUCGAUAAGAAGAACAUCUUCAUCUUUGAGCAAGGUGUUCUUCCUUGCAUCUCAAACGAGGGCAAGAUUAUUCUAGAGAACAAGGGCAAGGCCGCCGUGGCUCCCGAUGGAAACGGUGGUAUCUACCAGGCUCUCGUCACCUCCGGUGCCCGCGAGGACAUGCGUAAGCGCGGCAUCAAGCACAUCCACGCCUACUGCGUCGACAACUGCCUAGUCAAGGUCGCCGACCCCGUCUUCAUUGGAUUCUCCGCCGCCCACGACGUCGACAUCGCGACCAAGGUCGUUCGCAAGCGUGACGCCACCGAGUCCGUCGGUCUGAUCCUACAGAAGAACGGCAAGCCUGAUGUCGUCGAGUACUCCGAGAUCGACAAGGAGACCGCCGAAGCCAAGGACCCCAAGAACGCCGAUCUGCUCAAGUACCGCGCCGCCAACAUCGUCAAUCACUACUACUCCUUCCGCUUCUUCGAGUCCAUCGAGAACUGGGCGCAUCAACUGCCCCACCACGUGGCCCGCAAGAAGAUCCCCUUCGUGAACACGGAGACCGGUGCGGCCGAGAAGCCCGAGAAGCCCAACGGCAUCAAGCUGGAGCAGUUUGUCUUUGACGUUUUCCCCAUGACUCCUCUGAACAAGUUUGCCAGUAUUGAGGUGCGUCGUGAGGAUGAGUUCUCGCCGCUCAAGAACGCCCGUGGUACCGGGCAGGACGAUCCCGAUACCAGCCGCGACGAUAUCAUGAAGCAGGGACAACGGUGGCUCGAGGCUGCUGGCGGUAUUGUCAUUACCGAUGCCGAGGCGACUGGAGUGGAAGUUUCUCCGCUGAUCAGCUAUGGAGGUGAGAACCUUGAAUUCCUGGCCGGUCGCGAGGUCAAGGCCCCGGCUCUUCUGGAGAAGGAGGAGUAG